GAAAUGGCGGUAGCUGUUGAAAAUGUCAAUGCUGCUUGGAACUUUAUUACUGGUGCCCUCUCCCCACAAAACGUGCCGAAUCAGCCUGCAAGUAGAGAGCAACUAUGUGUGGCUGCGGAUAUUCUGAGGAAUCAUGGCAUGGGGGAAGUUAUUCAGGAAUAUUUCCUAGAAAUACUAAAGCAAGACAUCAGGCAGAACGUUUCUACCAGAUUUUGGAAAAGCUAUAACACUAGCACAACAGAUGUAAACACACUGUACAAUUCUAUAGAUGAACUAUAUCAGUACCUGUCCAGUUAUUUUCCUUGUUUUGAAAGAUUGGACUUAAUAUGUCAGCAUUUAGGAGCCCAGGAAGAGAGGUUAGUACAGCCAGAAAGUGUGAGACAGACAGCUCAGAGGGUUUUCAAAGCUGUGAUAUUCUUCUGUCCUCCCAAAUGUUUCCACGAGGCAGUGCACAAGGCAUACUCCCAAGCUGUUAAGAUUUAUAACCAUAGGAAUCAGCAGAAUGGUGAAGAUAAGGAGGAAGAAGAAGAAAGUCUCAAGUGCCAGGGUUGUAAUGAACUCCUGGAAAGCUGUCAGUGUGACAGUAUUAUGGGGAAAUUUCAAACAUUUAACAAGCAGCUUGAUGAACUAGGAUUACUAGAAUAUAUCUCGGGAGGGUCAGUGACGUCUAUCACCAAUGAGGACUUCAAACUUUACAUAGAGCACACAUGCAAGGGAAACUUUGAGACAUCCUAUGUGGCUUUCUUAGAGAAUUGGCUGGAUGUGACCGUCUUAGGCUGGUUAACUCUGAUCUAUGGUGGGAAAGACAUCAGCUCAUUAAAAGCCAGGCUGCAGCAUUACCUGUAUGAUACGUAUGGACGGGCUAGGAUAGAGCAGUUGUUCAAUAUCAUUGUAGACUUCCCUGAGUCUAGACCAGCUCUUGAUGACUUAAAGGUAUGUCUUCAGAAGACUGACCUCAGAGGACAUUUGGUGAAGGAGCUGAAGACGGCAUUUGAGAACAGGUUGCUGCAUCCAGGUGUAAAUACCACCGACAUCCUGACAGCCUACAUCUCCUCAAUCAGAGCCCUCAGAGUGCUAGAUCCAACUGGAGUCCUGCUGGAACUUGUCUGUGAGCCUGUCAGGAAGUAUUUAAGAUCAAGAGAUGACACAGUCCGCUGUAUAGUUGCCAGUCUGACAGAAGAAGGCAGUAAUGAGUUAUCAGAGGAGUUAUUCAAGGGGAACACCCUGGUGCUGGAUGAGACGUGUCAGAGUGAUGAGGAAGAUGAGGAUUGGGAAAACUGGAUGCCAGAUCCUGUGGAUGCUGAUCCAGCUAAGACAAGUAAAAGCAGAAGGACAUCAGACAUAAUAAGCAUGCUGGUGAACAUAUAUGGCAGUAAAGAACUGUUUGUUAAUGAAUACAGGACUCUGCUGGCUGACCGUAUCCUGUCUCAGUUCAGUUAUGAUACAGAGAGAGAAAUUAGGUAUCUUGAACUGUUAAAACUUCGAUUUGGCGAGUCCCAGCUUCACUAUUGUGAGGUGAUGCUGAAGGAUGUGGCUGACUCCAAACGUAUCAAUUCUCACAUUGCUGAACAGAAAGAGAGGGAGGAAGCACAGGGAGUAGAGAGAGAGGAUGCAGAGGAAAUUCCAGUGAAUUCUAUGGUGCUUUCUGCUCAGUUCUGGCCCAGUUUCAGAGAAGAAAAGAUUGAGCUACCAGAAAUAAUGCAGACAUCUUUAAAGACUUACACAAAAUCCUUUGAGGCUUUGAAAGGAAAUAGAACUUUACAGUGGAAACCACAUUUAGGUCUGAUGGAUAUAGAAAUUGAGCUGAAGAACAGCAAAACAUUGAACAUGAAAGUGACUCCAGUUCAAGCUGCCAUCUUCAUGCAAUUUCAAGAAAAAGAAAAAUGGACAGUGGAUGAGCUAAGUGCUGUGUUAAAGAUGCCCAGUGCAGCAUUGAGGAGGAAGAUCACAUUCUGGCAGACUAAGGGACUUCUGAAAGAAGAAGUAACAGACACUUUUGUGUUGGUCGAGGAACACAAGGCUCGUCAUAACGACAUCAUGGUCGUAGAUGAAGACGAGGCCGAGUCUGCAAUGGCGUCGUCACAUGAUCAGCGCGAGGAGGAGAUGCAGGUCUACUGGUCCUACAUAGUUGGGAUGCUAACCAACCUGGAGUCCCUCCCCUUGGAGAGAAUCCACACUAUGUUGAAGAUGUUUGCCAUGCAGGGGCCUACCACGUCAGAGUGUUGUGUACAAGAACUGAAAACAUUCCUGGAUAGAAAAGUGAAGGAACAGAAACUGUUGUAUUCUGGAGGUGUUUACCGGUUGCCGAAAGGAGGUAGCUGAAGACGUUUUCAUAUCUGAAUGUGUACAUAUGUAACCUUGUCUAAUCAGUCCCUGCAGCCGCUGGCGUCAUGCAUUUAGGCAAAUGUUGCAUCAUCUGUUUCUAGCUCUGGAGAUUGUACCUGAGGAAUUAUGUCAUAGGAAAGAUACCAAUGCAGAUACACCAAAAGAAGAAUUUUUUAUCAUGCUGAAAAUAAAUGAUUGGGUGACCAUAAAUUUAAGUUGCUGUUUUCUUUAAGAAUACCCAAGUAAAAUAAAUGCACUGCAGCAGUUGUAUUGCCAAAUAUCCUUUUUUUCAUAUACUGCCCAGUCUAGUCUUCACAACUGAAUUAAAACCAUUUUCGGAGUUUAUGAGUCGGAUGUUUUUAAACAACACUUUUACUAGCUGUAAAUUGGAGAACACUGAUAUCAUUUGCA